AUGUCUCGUGAAGCAAAUGCAACAAACAGGGUGGCAGAGAAGGGCGACUUCAAGCCUAUGGUGGAUGAUGAGACGAAGAACUUGGAGAUAAACUUGGAAGAGAUUGAACUUCCAGUGCCCCCAGAUGGGGGCUGGUCCUGGCUAGUGUUAUUGGGUAGCUUUAUUUGCAUGUUUUGCGUCGAUGGUCUCUCCUUCUCCUUUGGGGUUCUUCUCUCUGAUCUUCAGACGAGUUUCGAAUGCACCACUACAAAGAUUUCAUUAGCUAGCUCACUCAUUGUUGGAUUCACACUCAUAUCAGGUCCAAUUGUUAGUGCAGUGUCGAACAUUUUCAGCUUCCGCUCUUUGGUCUUGGUGGGCUCUGUGAUAUCGUUCUGCUCGGUGCUGGCCUGCGCCUUCGUCAAUGAUGUCAAUGUUUUUAUUGUUCUCUUUGGUUUCGUUACUGUUAUAAAAUGA